AUGACGCUCUCGGGGCCAGCGAGGGCGUGGUUUAAUAACCUUGAGGCUGGAAGUAUCAGCAGUUUUGGAGAUCUGGCCACUCGCUUCAUCAGCCGGUUUAUUGCCGGGGUGCCUGCGGAUAGAAAGACGAGCUACCUGGAAACAAUCAAGCAGAAAAGAGACGAAUCGCUCAGGGAGUACGUCGCUCGUUUCAAUACGGAGGCUCUGCAAAUUUCCGAGCUCGAUGAGGGAAGGGCGGUGGAGGCCAUGCAGAAGGGAACGACCUCUGCUGAGUUCUUCGGCUCACUAAGCAGGAAGCCUCCGACCUCACUAGCCGAGCUGAUGCAGAGGGCUAAAAAGUAUAUAAGGCAGGAUGAUGCCUUAGUGACAAGCCGAUUCGCCAAGGGGGCGGUAGGUAAGGAGAAAGCCCCGGAGGAAAGGAGGCCGAAGAAGCAUGAGAGGAAACAUGGCAAAAGGCCUGAGCCUUACAGACAAUCCUUGGAACGAAGGGACCAAAGACCUCUUCCUCCUCGGAUCGCAGAACAAAGGCCACUCCCUCCGUGGGUCCCAGAGAAGCCGACCCCACUUAACGCUUCUAGAGCCGAAGUACUCCUGGCCGUCCAAGACAAAGAAUUCGUAGAGUGGCCCAGACCCCUGAGAACAGAAGCCGACCAGCGAAAUCCUGACAAAUACUGUCAGUUUCAUCGAGGUCGGAUGAGUCGUAGAGGAAAGAAGAGGAGUCGAGAGGGAGAAAGCAGUGGCGCCGAGGUCAUGCAGGUCGUCGAACACUCUCCAGUGGCCAUCACUUUCUCUCCGGAGGAUGCUCAAGGUGUUCAAAUGCCCCAUGACGAUGCCCUUGUCAUUGAAGCUGUCAUCCACAACUAUCAGGUGAAGAAAAUCCUAGUGGAUGAUGGGAGUAAGGUCAACCUGCUACCCUACUGGGUCUUCCAGCAGAUGGGAAUCCCUGAAGAACAGUUGGUCCAGGAUCAGGCACCGGUCAAAGGAGUCGGAGGAGUCCCAGUACCUGUAGAAGGGAAGGUGAAGCUGGCUCUCACCCUAGGAGAGGCACUGAGGACUCGCACUCAUUAUGCGGUGUUCCUGGUAGUCAAACUUCCUCUAAGCUACAACGCGAUCCUGGGAAGACCUGCGCUGUUUGACUUUGAGGCCGUCACCAGAACAUAUAGGAGGAUAAAUGAGGGCAAAGGACUGUGCUCACAGCUCGAGUCAGUUUGCCAUGAACAAACAUUUAGCAAAAAUAACCCAACAAGAAGGAAAACGACAAAGGCCGACCUCCCCGAUCCAGUGGAGCACGCAGAUUACGUUGCACCGCCUGACGAAAGGUCACCUCGAGGAGGACCAGACAGCCGAGCUCACAACCAGAAAAGCAAAGUAAAAUCGCCUAAAAGGAAGCCGUACAAGUACAAAUAA